GGCUGGCAAAGCAGCCAUGCAACAAAGCUAUCGACUGAUCGAGGAUCUCUCCAAACGGCUAAAUGCCGAAUUGCACAACUCAGGCAUCACAUCCAGCUUCCUAGACGCCUGCCUCCAGGAAUUCUUCGAUCGCAUCUCCCCCUGUUUCCCGGUCAUUCACAGGCCUACCUUCUUACCCCGUGAGACCAUCCCACCGCUUCUUCUCAACAUGGUCGCCCUGGGUUCUUUGUUCGUGUGCCUCCCUAACUCAGCACGCAAGGGCGAAAUGCUCUGGCGUCUCGGCCACUCGGCCGUGGCUACCUCCUGGCAAACGCUCAUCACCCAUCGGGGACCGCGCGACGCAUGCGACGGGGUGCAACUCGUGCUUACGGCGCUGCUGGGCCAGCUCUUUGCUCUGCUCUCUAGCAACGAAAGCAUCCGAACCACCGCCUUUGUCUGGCACGGGCUCGGGUUCUACUGGGCUCGUACGUGCGGGAUGCACGCCGUCGCCGAGCUUCCCACCGCGCCUCCGAUGCCCUGCCCUCCGCUAGAACUACAAGCGCACUGGCACCGAUGGACGACAGUUGAGACCCAAAAACGGGCCAUCCUAGGCCAUUACAUUCUGGACGGAUUGAUCUCGCAGACAUCCGGCGCCCCCGCCUCCGCCCGCCACCUCAUCAACUCAUUGCGCACGGCCGGCUCCGACGUCGUCUUCCAAGCCCACACAGCAAGCGACUGGCUCGACCAACUACGACAACCAGCGUCAUCCCUCCCGGACAUGCCUUUCAGCGAGGUAUACUUCUCAGUCUUUGCCUCGAAGUAUCCAUCUCACCCGCUCAGCCUGUCCGACUUUUCGAUCUUUGUGAUCCUCGAAGGCUUGCAGAGCUUGGUGUCUGAUCUUCAUGAAAUCGGGGCAGGCAAGCCGGCAAUCGGGGCGAUCACCGAGCGCCAGAUAAUCCAAGCCCUGCUGAACAUCUACAAGGUUCACCUCCGCUAUGGUUCGGGGUCGUUGCCCUCACCUUCGAAUCCAUCAUCAUCAUCAUCAUCAUCAUCCGGCCUCCCGCCACAUAAACCCGACGACCCAUUCCAGCUCCUCCUCAGAUGGCACACCGUCUGCCUCGAACUCGCACUACCCACAGCUAGAUUCUACAGCUCCCUCUGCCAAAGUCACCCUCACCUUCCCCGUACGAUAGGAGACCACCAGUCCAAAGCCGCAGCCAGCACCAGUACCAAUUCCACAGUCCCGGGAACAACAACUCCCUCAGUGAACCCCCAACCUCCAGACCACCAAGACCACCCAAACCAAAAACCACCGUCAAUCCCCACCACCACAACCCCCCCACCACUCCGCGCCCUCCUCCACGCCCUAACCAUAACCCACCUCUUCAACCGCCUCCCCUUCCACCAAGCCCACAGCCCACACAUCCCCGCCGCCAUCUUCGCCACGGCAGUAACGAUAGCGGAAUGGUGUCUUUCCCACCAGAAAGAGAAGAUAUUCAUCGCCGCGGACAAGCAAGAUUUUCUGGCCGAGCAGAACUGGGCAGAGGUAUGGGGGAUCCGUCCCUCUGGGACAGAGGAAGGUGACGACGGUGGGGGACACGGUGGCUGCACGGAGAGAUCCGCCGCGGCAGCGGAGGAGGCGAUGGAGCGUCGGUUCCUUGGUGAUGCGGACGGCUCGGGUGGCGCGGUGCACCUGCUCCAGGAACUGAACUUCUUGGUGAUCUGCUUGGAGACGGUCGUGGCGCGGUGGCAGAUCAGCGGGGUGAUGGCGGAGAUGGUGAGGGGGCUGAUGGGGUUGUGCUCUGGAUUUAGGGGGGAAUAACUACGGCUGUGGAUAUACGGCUCUUAUUAGGUGUUGGCAGA